AUGUCAGACCAACAUUCCAACGAGGCAGCAGUCUCGGAUUCGAUCAUUCGUCAAGUUAUGCAUCGAUAUGGUUACCCCUCGCAGAACACAUUCGUUCCGUACAAUCCGCCGCUCUACUUAAUGCAGGGUGGCCAACACAAUCAACCAAUUCUACCAUAUGCUCAGCAGCUACUGUCAUACAACCAAAACCCCAAUCUUAACACAGAAUUAGCCCAGAAUGACCCUUCAAUAUUAUAUCCUGAAUAUCCUCUUCUCAACAAUCAUAAUGCCUACAAUUCUUACAAUUCUCUGCCAUAUGGCGACUGGGUCAUUCGACAGGCCCAGCAGAAUUUUCCUCCGUCUAUCAUGAAUUCUUACCCGGUCAACGCUGGCUAUACUAUGAAUAGCCAGUACCAGCCUGAUAAUACGCAGACAGAAAAACCUCAGAACUCAACAAAAGAAAACGAAGAGCCCGCCACUCCUCGAAAGGUCAGCACGAACAAGGCCGCGAAACGAAGCAAAGGCCCUAAAUUCGAUCCCGUUUCUGUUUACGGCGAAGCAGAAACACGUGCCCCUUGGGGAAGCAAAACUUGGGACGGGCAACAUUUGUUUACUUAUACUAAAAGGGGGCAAUUGCUGCGUGACCGCAAGUUAAACAACGAACAACUGCGAGAGUAUGUGGAUAACUGCCCGAAAGGCACCGUCUUUCGAGUUCAACAAUACCCCACGGGGUGUAGGUAUCGAAUGGGACCAGAAGACCAGGAGUGCCGUUGGGAACAUUGUCCACUCAAGUCUAAAAGGAUCACGACGGGCUGGCUUCGUGUCUGCUUUGACGAAUUCCCCAUGGAAACGACUAGUGGCGAGCGCGAUCCAUUGUUAUGCGCUGGCUCAAUGCAUCUUUGGUGCUUUGAACAGGUUUUUGAUCCCGUGGAAUUCUACCUAGGCGGGCGCCUGAAAGCCGAAACAAGGUAUUUUCCUCGCGAGGAAUGCAACAAGGCAGCCUUGGACAAGCUAACCGACUCUAAAAUCGUUGAAGAUGGUUGGAAACCUUGGUUUGAUAAAUGGGCACCCUUAUUCGAAUCAUAUAGGAGAUUGCGGGUGCCACGCAAGUACGAAAACACUCUGUCCUACGCUUUGAAUGACUACCACGUUAAACAUCAGUCGGACGCUCGGGAAAAUGCGAGAAACGGUCGACAUGAGAAGAAAAUCAAUAAGGAAGAUCCUAGAAGGACAAUCGACGUCCACUUGGGUAACCUCCAGUUGUAUGUGGCGCUUCACAAGGUGACCAAAGCCACAAAAAGAGCCAGCAGGCCACCAGAGAGGGAGAUGAGAGAAGAUCUGCCUGAUGGUGGCUUUGAAUCUCCAGACACUUCUAGAAAAAGGAUUUCUCCUCCUCCAGCUCCUAGAGCAAAGAGAACAGGGAGUGCUGAACGAAUGGCACCUUGUUUACCUAUUGGCCCAUCUCUGGGAACAUCAUCCUCUCAUAUUUCACAAACACAGCGGCGUUCUCCGAGGGGAAGCGACCUAAAACGAACAUCCCCUCGAAGACUCAAGAAGGAACUCAGAAGACAUAUACUUGCAUCUCAGCCACCUGUUGACCGAGGCCACAAUCCCAGCAUGGAUUCAUGUUCUUCUGCUUCGACUUCGACGGGUUAUUUGAAUACGAAUUCCACGCCGUCAAGCUCUUUCGGUCCCUUGGACUCAGCUUGCAGCACGCUGCCAUCAUCAAAUCUUCGGCCACCACUCGAGAUUGCGAUUCCCUCUAAUCAUAAUGAAGGUGGUCUUGCAAAAGCCUAUCCUUCAGUCUAUCUCCAAGCAAUGUCAGGGCCUAGCUUUAAUAUGGAAGAUCCGAAGCAACCUGGCCAUUUUAUUGGCCCACCUUCAUGGCGGUACCAGCAGCAGCAAUAUUCUAGCACAGUGGCACUUCCAUAUGUAAAAGCGGAACACCAGCGAGUAUUCCAAGACUGCAACCUGAAUACUCCACUCGAAGCAUCACGAGGCAGUGAUUUGGUGAAGCCUUGUCAAAACGAGACAAAGACUUGGACACCAAAAGCAGCAGAAGAAGCACCACAGGCGCUCGGGGACAGCGAAGGAAUAAGCUCCAUUGAUUCGAACCAGUUCACAGGCCUAGGCCCGGAAGAGGCGAACUUAUACCAGUUUCUCAUCAUUGACGAAGAUGUGCCAGAAUCGACUCAGAAUCCAGCAGAGGGCAGCACUGGAGUGAUGGGCAACUUUGCAGCUCAGACACAAACGAACGCCGCUGCUAGUCAGCCUCUAGAGUUUGUUACCUGCACCGAGAGCCCGCAUGUUGCCGCUGUGGCAGAGCCUUGGCAUAGCGUCGAAAGCUUCAUGGAUCCCAUGAACUAUGGCGGCUAUAGCAAUACUGACAUAUUUCCAUUAUUCGAUGAUUCUCUAGCCACCGCCUAG